GAGAUUCACACCUAUCCUUCUGAUCUUCUCGCCGCACACCCACCCGCCCGACCGAGCAUCAACCGCUCGACAGCGAACAAGGUCGACAGCCAAGAGUCGCCUGCAAUGAGGACAAUUGCCUGCAUCGCGGUCCUAGUGGCCCUCAUCGCAGCAGCAGGAGCUCGCGACCUGCCACCAGCUUCUGCUCCGGCUCCUGCUAUGUCCAAGCCCAUCGCCGACCUUGUCUUCACGCUCUCCGCCGAGAAGGCCAGCUUCCCCACCUCGACCACCCUGCAGCUGCAGGGCGUCAGCUCCACCGCCCAGUACUACGGAGCAGGUGCCAAGGCCGGACUGAUCUCCACCUCAGUAUUCACCAACGGCUCGGCAGGGGCUGAGUACGUGGCCAGCAAUGGCGAGUGGCUGAACGUGCCUGACGCCGUUCUAUUUGCGACCAGCGGCAGCAGCAACAAGGCCAUCCUGAUCUCCCUGCAAGAUCCCAUCUACAACAAGGAAGACAAGACCGUGACCUUCAACAUCGCCGUGCUGCCUGCGGACGAGGCUGCACUCAAGACGGCGCGCGGCGUGACCAACGAGCUUGUGAUGGAGCACGCCAACAACGUGGGCACCCCCCUGACCGAGGCGGUGCAGCCGAGUGCGGUGUGGAAUGACGUCGCUCUCUUCAUCGACCAGAACCGCGAGUCCCUCAAGCCCAUCGCCGAGACCAAGUGGGGCAGCGGGUCUGGCUGGGGUGGAUCCGGCUGGGGUGGAUCCGGCUGGGGAUCUGGCUCUGGCAGCCGCGGCUGGAACAGCGGCUGGGGCAGCAAUUAUGGCUGGGGCAAGUAGGAUGGCACAUUGGGUGCCUCCCAUACCACCGGCACUGCUUGAAAUGGUGCAACUUUGUACAAACAAGCACGCAGGGGAACAAGUGAACCUCAGGAAGCAGCAUGACUCCGGCAGAGCAGGCUUGCACGGGCCUGCAAAGAAUGCAGCAGGCAUAUUAUUAUAUGGUAGUUCAGAUUAAUUUAUUUGAGAAUGAAAAGGGUGCCUGGACAUUCCUUUGUUUCAUCAGUAGGAUCAAAGAAAAAUUUACCAAUGAAGUCAGGUUGGCCUCCAUGGCCAGCUCAGAAGGUACAGAACAGUAGACAGUAAUGAAGCUGAUGGUGAUGAGUAUGAGUAUGACGGGGUAAUACAAGCCAUUCAUUUGCACAUGUACAAUUGGAAUAAAUACUGAGCGCCAGGCUCUGCCUUGCACACCCAUUCUUGGGUGUGUACUUUGCAUGAAGUGUGAUAUUGAAUGGCAGCUCCAGGACAUUGUUGCAGGGCAUUGUCCUGUGCAGUUCUGCCUCGCAUGUAGUGACAAUUAUAUGCUGAUUCUGGGGCCACAAGGUCACCCGAACGUGUAAUCGAUUUACAGUGCAAACAUUUCAAGUC